GCUGCCCUGGACGGGGGGUGCCCCAGAGCCCCCUCCCUUCAGUGCAGUGCUCACGUGUGGUUAGGCAGCAUGCCUCCCACUUGCUGGAAGUUGAGGGGAACAGGUGUAGUUAAGAACAUCCGCUGCUCUCCUUCCAGCGAGGGGAGCAAGCCUCGGACAGAGAGACCAGGACCAAGUCUUGGGCUCAGCCCUUGAUUUAUGCUCACCAGAGGGUGCCCGCCUGCCACAGGGAGGGCAGGAGGGGGCUUUCUGGUACAGUAGGGGUUGAGGGAGGAGGGCAGGAGCACUGAUUGUGGGGGCCCUAGAAGGCAGAGCUGGAGGCCUGGAAGGCGACAGGUAGCCAGGGAGCAAGGGGCUCAGGAGGGCCUUUGGGCAGGUGGUUCUUCCUAUCCUGGGGCCUACAUUGGAGGGACCAAGGUCCAGAUGGAAGAAGCCGAGGCCUGAGCCAGGUGCUGCUGGAGGGCUGGAGCAUCUGCAGGGAGGCGGGCUGAGGCCAGCAGGUGGACGUGGAAGGAGCAGUGAGGCCUUGGGGACAUGAAUUGCAUGCUGGGACAUCACCUGAGCUGGAGACUGGGAAGCAGGGCAGGUGUGGGGACAGGGUGCAUCUCUGGGGCUUGUCAGACACACCGGCUCUUUAACCUUGGCUGGACGUGGAGGUUGGGGCUGGUUGACCCCCUGGGCAGCUGUGGAGCGAACAGAAGCGCAGAGGGGAGCCUGGAGACAGGACGACCACCCAGAGGGGUACCAGGGGCAGCGAGGGGCCAGGGCGUGGUCCAGGAGGUGAGGCAUUCGGCCUGCUGUCAGCUUAGCAGCCGCCUGAGUCACCUCUGGACAGAGCCAGGAUGACACAGCUUCCUCAAACUGCAAACGCAAGGUGACCAGACGUCCUCCGAGCCAGGCAGACAGUCAUGUCUUGCCGGAGGGCGGCCAGCCAGGGCCAGCCUGCAGGCUGGGUGUGGGCCGGGCUGGUGGGGUGCACCCCACAUUGAGGGGAGUCCAGCGGGAGGUGUGCGCCCUCCUGGUCCUGGGACCCAUCUUCAGUUGGUUGAGGCAUCUGCUUAGGGGGCAAGCUGGCUGUGUUAACCUGUGUUCAUGGGACAGUUGACUCCUGUGCCCCACUGUGCAUCUGGGAGCUUAGCUUUGGGCCCCCUGUGAGAAGGGCCCCAGCCCUCCAGGACACAGGCAGUCACGUCACGGUGACUUCGGGCUUUGGGGUUUGGAGCCACCCAGGUGAGUCAGGUGCUGCUGUUUCGCUGCUCAGAGUGGAGAUCUGCUCGAGGACAGAACCCCUUCCCUCCCUCCCUGGACCUGACAGCCACAGAGCCCUGGGAACACAGGCUCAGAACAGCUGGGGUGCUGAAUGGGGGCAGGCACGAGGAGUGGCAGUGGCCUUCACUCCACACUGAGCAAGAGCAAGUGUUUUGAGACCCCACUCUGCUGGAGGCCAGAGAUUCGGCUUCCUGCACAUGAGGCUUACGGUGUAGGUGGGUCUCACCAAUGGGAGCAUUAGAACCCUGUGAGACUCCAAAGCCCCAGGCCAUUGUACCCAUUAGCCACCCGGCUUUACUGGUGGAGCAAAUGUCCCCCUGGGGCCCUGAAUCUGGGUCCAGUGCAGAAAGGGCCGGAGCACCCUGGGGCCAGCCUGGACUGCAGUCACCCCAGGUGAGCAGAAUGGGACAGUGGGCAAGCAGUAGACAUAUGCUGGGGGCAUGGAGGGUCUGAGGCCCUGGCCUCCAGCUCACCUGCCCCUGGAAGGGCUGUCUUGGACUGUUGAAUCUGGACGACCUGCCUAUUCUUGGUGGGCCCCAGAAGGAAGGGCAGGGCCGCCCCUGGCUCCCUAUCUUGUUCCAAACUGCCAUCCCCAGACUUGACUUACAUCUAGGCUGCUGGUAUGUCUGUUUUUGUUUGUUUUCUUUAAGGGCGAACGGUCUUUCCCUGGACUUUGUGUAGAUAGACACGAGGAUAGAGUUUCCGGCUUUGGGUUGAAGACUAAGCUCUUCAGUUAGAAAAGCAGUCACCGGAAAGGUGUUCCAAAUUCUAAUACAGCGCAGCCUUCCUUGAUCAGCAGCGUCUCAAGGGCUGCAGGACAUGGGCGUCCUUACCCUCACUUGCUGGGCAGGCAUGCGCGCCACAGAGGUUCAGACCCGCCUCCCGGGAUCCCUGCCUGGCUCUGGCCAUUGGGCUGCUCAGGUGACUUUACUGGAAUUCAGAAAAGCCUGUGGAGAGAGAUGAGCAGUCCGUCCACUCAUGGCGGGUUUUGUUAGUUAGCAGUGACGGGAGAUGAUGGCUGGAGUGUCAUCCUAUGCAGCUGUCGGAGAGUCGUGGGGUGGUCCUGGUCCUGACCUGUUGCUGGUGCGGUGGCACUGGUAUCGAGCCUGCUGUGGAAAGGAAGGAGGGCCACCUCACCAGCGCUCCGCCUGGCCUGGCCUAUCAGGGCCGAGGCCUCUAACCCCGGCUGGGGUCCAGCCCAAGACCAGAACCCAGUCCCUCCUGUGUGCGCUCUGGUGGCCAUGAGGUUGCCUGAGGUUCAGUCAUUUAUAAAUACGUUUUAGGGCAGUUGUUUUAAAAUCAGUUGUUUUACAAACUUGCACAGGUGUGAAACCUCUCUCUGAACCUAUUGCCAAAGGCAAACUGUUAGGGUUUUUUUUGCCUUUUGUGUUUGAAGUGACUUUAGUUCACUACUGCAUAUAUGUUGUAUAGCUUGGCAGAGGGGAACGAUGAUGCUUUGUUUGUCUGUAUACUGAACUCACGAAAGCAGGGCAGUGCCUGGCCAGCCCUGUGCUCCUGGCACUGUGGCCCUGAGGCUGUGAGGUGCCUCUGGGGGCAGACUGCUGGGUGCUGGCAGGGCAGGCAGACAGUUGUGCUUUCCAGCAGCUAGAGGAGACUUCCAGUCGAGCGGGUGCCUCAGGAGGGGGCGGAGGCCGAGAUUUGGUCCUCCUGAGGCAGUGGGGUUGUGUCUGCGAGCAGAAGGCCCUGGACAGUGUUUGCCCUUACCUGGGACUUGCCCACCUGUCCCCAAGUCUCUGACUUCUCAGGGGUUUCCUGGUAUGGACCCUAGCCCCCUGGGGGUUGAGUGGAGCCCCCAAUCUCCUUGGCGGCCCCCACUCGGCCCAACUGAGGCCUCAGCAAGCUGGACAGAAGCCUGGGACCCCUGGUUCCGAGCCCCUCAUUUUCAGAGAAAGAGCCUGAGACCUACAGAGAGAAGAGCUUUACUGGGUUUUCCCCCAACCUUGUCUCAAGGUGAUGAUCACCUCCGCGUGUACUCUCCCGUUGAACAGGUGGUCUGAAACCAGCAGGGAGUCCCCAGGGGUCAGACCGCAGCGUGGCACCAUCCCACAGAGAGAGGCGUCCCUUCUUGCUUGGACCCCAGGUGGGCUCGGGGCCACUCUUCUCCCACCUCUGCUGAGGCGCUCAUCUGUAUCCUGUCCCCAGAAAGCCAGGGAGGUGGGCAGGUGGGUUCAGAGCUGGUAGACAUGGGGCUUUGCCCAGGUGACCUUGACCUUGCAGACUUAGCCAAGGGACCCUGAGGGGGCCUGUGCAGACAGAGAGGAGGGGCCGAGCCCUUGGAGCGCCGUGGCCCAGUCCUGUGCCCAUCCUGGUUACCUGGACAUCCCACCUUGCCUGUCAUGGAGGGCAGGUCCCCAGAGGAGGUGUACCUGCCCUGACCGAAGCCCUGUGUGGCCCUGGGUGCUGGCUGAGCUGGCCCCUCACUGAUGGUGAGGGAGAGAAGCCCCUGCUGGUCGGGGUCUGAGCGGAGGUCCCUCCUUUUCUGGGGCCUCCCUUUUCUCAUCAGGCAGGCUGGGCGGUCCGUGCAGGGUGGGAGGGCUUUAGGUCUGUGGGAAUGUGAGCUCCUCACUCUGUAAACAGCUGUGACUCACCGCACAGCUAUGCCCUGGCGGCUCCAGGCCCUUGUGCGCUGACGUGUGCUGGAAUGGCACCCGGCCACCCCUCCUGUGCCCGUGGAAAAGUUUCUCAUGGCUCUCCCAGCUGCCUGGCUUCUGCUGGCCGUCCAGGUGGCUUCUCUAGCUCGGCUUUGACCCCAGCACCUGGAGGGAGGGACACUCGUGCCCCCCUCCCCCAACACCACAGAUGCCGGGGUCAGGCUGCUGUCAGGAAGCAGCUCCUGUGUCCCUGCCGGGAUCACCCCAUGCUGCUGUGUCUGCGAAUCUGUCUCAUGCACACGUGUGGGGGGUGUGGAGGAGCCCGGUGCCCCCAAGGCUGUGCCUGGUCUCAGCCCUGCUGCUGUCCUGCUCUCCAUCAUCCAUCAUUAGUGCCUGGGAGAGUGGCUGUGUUGCCAGGGCUGACUGGGGGUCCAGUGGCCUGGGUGCUGAGACCUUCUGGGAGCAGCAGGCAGGAGCAGUGGGGGGACAGGUCUAGGCUAUGCUGCACUCGGGGUCCCAGGGCCAUGGGUGAAGGAAGGCGGGGUGGAGUCACCCACUGAGUCCCACUUGCCCUAGAGAUGGAGGCUUUGGUGCGGCUCCUUCUCUCGGGCCUGCCCCCUCCCCCGCCAUGCAUUUUUCUCAUGUUCUCUCUGCUCAGUUCACUUUACCUGGCGUUUGGAAUGUGGACCCUGGUCCCUAACCCAACGACAGAGUGUGCUGACAACUCUAGAACCCCUUCCCCUCAUCCUCCCCAGCCAGCCGCCAGGGCACACGGGUUUGUUUACCGUCCCACAACCUGUGAUGUCUGCACCCGCCUGCCCAAAGCCAUUGUUGCUGUGGGCUUCUCUGUUUCCAUGACAACCAUCAAGGGUUGGCUACUUCCCAAGGUCGCCAUGGCAACUAUCAGAGGGGAAUCAUGCUUGGGAUGCUUUGGCUGGCUUUUUCAUGAAUGAUUAGAAUGUGUGACACAAUGCAGACGCGAAAACUAGAAGGGCGGGCAGCGGUGGGGGCUGGCGGGCGCCGGGGACGACUCCCGCCAGACAGUCGAUGAGCUCGUGCGGUGGCGGCUCCCCACCUCCUGGAUCCUGCCCUGGCCAGUGUAGGGAGCCCCCGCCCACCUCACGGGCCUCAGGUCAUGACUGUAGGGCAGCCCAGGUGGGGGUGGUGAUGCCACAGCUGCAGUGCUCUCUGCGGAGUUCCAAUUUCCAAGGCCUUCUGUUCGGGUGACGUGCCCAGGUUAUGACGACUAAUCCCAAACCAAACAAGGGGUUAAAGGUCAAGAAGGAGGCGGGCGAGAACGCCCCGGUGCUCAGCGAUGACGAGCUGGUGUCCAUGUCGGUGCGGGAGCUGAACCAGCACCUGCGAGGCCUCACCAAGGAGGAGGUGGUCCGCCUGAAGCAGCGCCGGCGCACGCUCAAGAACCGCGGUUACGCCGCCAGCUGCCGCAUCAAGCGCGUGACGCAGAAGGAGGAGCUGGAGCGGCAGCGGGUGGAGUUGCAGCAGGAGGUGGAGAAGCUGGCUCGAGAGAACAGCAGCAUGAAGCUGGAGCUUGACGCGCUGCGCUCCAAGUACGAGGCCCUGCAGACCUUCGCCCGCACCGUGGCCCGUGGGCCUGUCACCCCCACCAAGGUGGCCACCACCAGCGUCAUCACCAUCGUCAAGUCUGCCGAGAUCUCCUCCACCUCCGUGCCCUUCUCAGCCGCCUCCUAGUGCCUGGCCGGGGGUUGGGCCUUGGGGUGCAGCAGCCGGGGUGCUGGGUGGGCGGGCGGACGGGUGGUGGGCAUCCCUCUCAUGCCCAUCAGCGGUUCCCCUGGGGAGCAGACCCCCUAACACCUGAGCCCAAGUACAGACUCGUGGCGGGGACGAGGGUGCUGGCUAAAGAUGGGGUCUUGUGAGACCGUGUGCUGCACGCCUUCCCACAUGCGCACACAUGCACACACGCACACACGCACCCACCUGGCCUUCCUCUGGGCCCUGCCAGCUCUCUCCAGACUGUCCUUUUCCAGGGGUGUGCGUCUUGUGCCACUGGGAGUCAGGGUGUAUGGAGGGAAGGUCCACAAGGUUCCUGGCCCCGUGGCCCAGAUGACAGGGCCUCUGUCUUCCACUGCCCCCAGGAGUGGCCUGCUGUCAUCCACCAGCUGGUGCAGGAACCCCCUCGCUGCCCUGACUGAGCUCUGGUGCUCUAGGAGGAACCAUUUGUGUGUGGUGUCAAAAAGCACCAUGACAGUGCUCUAGCCUUACCGGAGACGAAGGGAGGGCUGCCUGAGAGGCUGUGUGUGUGUGUGUGCCCCAGGACAGGCCUGCCAUCACACCAGCGGUCGCACCAGCACGCCAGCAGCACAAGGGCUGCAGGGGAGCGGCUUAGUGUGGCCUGUCACGUGUACCAGAUUUCCGUGGGGGUUGCCGGUUUUCCCUCUGUUGGAGGGACCCCAGAGAGGUCCCCACUGAGGAGCAGUAGCUGCUGGGCGGGGAGCAGCCAGCCGGGGAAGGUGGAACAGGUGCAGGAAGGGGUGGCGGGGCCUGGGGGUGGACGCGCAGGGGUUCUGUGUGGAAUGGGGUGAGGUUGGCAGGGUCCUCGAGGGCAGGCUGUGGUUCUGCAGGAGGGGCUGGAAGGUGUGACAAGGGAGUUGACACAGGCAUGGGGCCACCUCCCAAGGACCUGGGUGGUGUGUUGGUACAGGGGACAAGGGGACACAGCCACCUUGGUGCUUCAUCCUUACCUGGAACCUUCACCUGCUCUUUCUCCCCCCCUUGGCACCCCUCAUGACCUUGGUGAUCCCUGCUGGGGCUUCCCUCCCCUGCAAGCCUCCUCCAUCGAUCAUGGCUUCUGUGCUCCAAACUUGGACUGCCCCUUCCUGCCCCUGCUGGAGCGAUGCCAGGGCUGCGGGGUUUGGGGGUGGUCGGUGAGUUCAAGCUCCCAGCUUCCUCCUGGCCCCGCCACCCACCACCUAGGGAGGAAGAGGACAUGUGGCCCCAACGGCUGCAUCCUCCUCCUGUGUCUGCUGUCAGGGGCGGCCGGAAGACGUCUGGGGCUCUGCAGCAGCAUUGCCUUGCGGCCUUGGCUUGGCCUUGUCCUGGGGGAGGGUGAAGGGUCUCGGGCAUGCUGGAUCCUGACAGAGCAAAAGGCCCAGUGUAUUUAAAAAAAAAAAAAAAAAAAGCUGUCAAUACCAUAGCCAUGGUAGGUAAUCCACAUUGGAUAUCAAUAAGGACCAUGGGGAAAUAUUUAAAAGAGAGAAAAGUAUAUAUAUAUAUAAAAUUAUAUACACAUUUUAUCGUACAGAUUUUUCGUAACUUUUUUCCUGUUUUUACUGUAAAUCCCUGAUAGAGCAGAGCUGCAGUUUGGGUCGGGUGGGGGUGGGAGCCGAUCACCCCCACCCCGGCUGCCCGCUGCUCCCUUCCGCAUCCCGCCUGCCCUGGGGCCCCCUGUGUGCCCGCUCCCCGGGGGGCUGGGGGCCAGGGACGGAAGACCAGAGCAUUCUCGCGCUUUUCCUUUCAGCUCACUGAGAUUCCAUUGUCACACGUUUAAUAUAUGGAUUUUUUUUUUUUAUUUAAGAGAAAAGGCAAGGACCUCUGUCCCUUGGGUUUGUCCCCUUGUCUCCUGUGCUUCAGACACACGGGUCCUUCCCGAGGGGGGCAGUGCCUUCAUCCGUCUGGGUGACAGGGCCUCCUGUGUCCUCGCCUCCGUUGCUCGGCUGUUCCAUUUCAAUAUUUAUUUUUGUGCUGCUUUUAUGGUAUAAAUUAUUGAGAAGAGACCCCACGUUGUGGUCCUUGUCCGUUUGACACGUGCCCUGCGCCUGCCCUGUCCCCUCACAGCCACCACCUAAUUUAUUGCUGUACAUCUCUGCUGUGAUGCUUUUGUACCUUUGCAAUAAAGUUUUCUGGUUUCA